GACGUAUUUACUUUGGGAGAUACGCAACAACGGCCCAGCACCAAAGUUCACUUUGAAACUGUGCUGGAUGACCUUGGCUGAUUUCAUCUCUGCAACACAUUUCUCAGAAGCACAGAGCUUUCGCUCUGCCAAAAUGAAAUGCCCACUCCAAUCCUUCAUUGUUUUUCUCAUAAUAACAUCCGUGUGUGGGCACAACGGCCUGGUGGAUCAGCCUGAGAAAGGAGGGAGAGGUUCCACGUCUGUGGGUCCCCAAUGGGAGCCAUUAAAGAGCAAAAACCUGAGCAUGCCCCUUCUCCCUGCUGACUUCCACAAGGAAAACACGGUCACCAAUGACUGGAUCACUGAGGGGGAGGAGGACGAGGACUACCUGGAUCUGGAGAAGCUGCUCAGCGAAGACGAUGACUACAUUGACAUCAUCGACGUGGUUUUGCCGACAGAUCCAGAGGCCAGUGCUGGGAACAUCCUCCAGCUCUUCCAGGGCAAGACCCGGAUCCAGCGUCUUAACAUCCUCAACGCAAAGUUCGCUUUUAACCUUUACCGAGCACUGAGAGAACAGACCAGUAAUUCCGACAACAUCUUCAUAGCCCCUGUGGGCAUUUCUACUGCCAUGGGUAUGAUUUCCUUGGGCCUGAAGGGGGAGACUCACGAACAAGUGCACUCAAUUCUGCACUUUAAAGACUUCGUCAAUGCCAGCAGCAAAUACGAGAUCACGACCAUUCAUAAUCUCUUCCGUAAACUGACUCAUCGACUCUUCAGGAGGAAUUUUGGGUAUACACUGCGGUCAGUCAAUGACCUUUAUAUCCAGAAGCAAUUUCCAAUCCUGAAUGACUUCAAAACUAAAGUAAAAGAAUACUACUUUGCCGAAGCCCAAGAGGCUGAUUUCUCAGACCCUGCCUUCAUAUCAAAAACCAACAACCACAUUCUGAAGCUCACCAAGGGCCUCAUUAAAGAUGCUCUGCAGGAUAUAGACCCAGCCACUCAGAUGAUGAUUUUAAACUGCAUCUACUUUAAAGGGUCCUGGGUAAAUAAAUUCCCAGUGGAAAUGACCCACAACCACAACUUCCGCCUGAAUGAACGAGAGGUGGUCAAGGUUUCCAUGAUGCAGACCAAGGGGAACUUCCUGGCGGCAAAUGACCAGGAGCUAGACUGUGACGUCCUGCAGCUGGAGUAUGUGGGGGGCAUCAGCAUGCUAAUUGUGAUCCCACACAAGCUGUCUGGAAUGAAGACCCUCGAGACACAGCUGAUGCCCCAGGUGGUGGAGAGAUGGCAGAAAAGCAUGACAAACAGAACUCGAGAGGUGCUCCUGCCCAAAUUCAAGCUGGAGAAGAACUACAACCUGGUGGAGGCCCUGCAGUCCAUGGGGGUCACAGCACUGUUUGAUAGAAACAGCAACAUGACAGGAAUCUCAGACCACAGGAUCAACAUCGACCUGUUCAAGCACCAAGGUACCAUCACAGUGAAUGAGGAGGGCACCCAAGCUGCUGCUGUGACCACAGUGGGGUUCAUGCCGCUGACAACCCAAGUCCGCUUCACCGUGGACCGCCCUUUUCUGUUCCUCGUCUAUGAGCACCGUACCAGCUGCCUGCUCUUCAUGGGGAGAGUUGCCAACCCCACCAAGUCUUAAAGGUGGAGGUCUGGGUGUCUCACGUUUUGGGGGAACUCUGUAAUUCCGUUUCCAUUCUAACAGUGAGAACGGAGAUGUUUGGCAUCACGACCUUUGUGGUUUAUGCUCCCAUUCUGAAGUUGAGGCCCACAUGAGAGGAGAAAUUUAGCGACAACUGACGAGCUUGCCUGAAUCAAUUUCACCCAGUGACCAACACUGUCAGUUCAUAGCAGUUAAUGUACCUGUAGCAUGUCAGCUGUUACCUAGAGGGUGUUGGCAACAUGGACACCAGCUUCCCUCCCUGGGCGCUUCCUUCCCUUGCAGCCCCCGUCCUUGCGCAUCUGGCUCUAUUACUCAGAGCCUUUCUCAACCAGGGCUCCUCAUCUCCACACAGAACACAGAAACGAGCGGCACGACUGAAGUCUCACCUUUCUUCAGGAUGGUGCACAGCCGUCACCAUUCCUGAUGCCCAGGAGAGAAGCCCCCCUGUGAUAUUUUCAAGGGGUGCCCUGGACAUGAGGGCUGAAUUUUCACAAAGGCCCAACCUUCUGAACUGCUGCUGUCAUCUGUACUCCUGCUGUCACCUCACUGCUGCCCAGAGGACAGUAUGUACACAUGGCCUUGCCUCCUACCCUAGAGAUAAAUAAAUAUCACCACUUUCACUGUG